CAUCCCCCGCUUGGCAUCAUGCCUCCGCCGGAGGUCAUCAGCCUCCUCUCCUCGACCCCCCCGCCCCCCAUUGAACGACGCGAGCAGCUCUCCAUCCGAAGAGCCCACUCCAACCCGCCCAUUAUCCCCGCGGAAUCGAUCUUCUCCGAUGAGAUCGACCUCGCCUACGACGAUGACCUCGACACCAGCAACAACCCAUCCAAACGCCGGCGUCUGAGUCACGACUCCACCCCUGUCCGGAAUAUUAGCCUCCCCCCAUCCAAGAACCCGCUCUUUCUUUUCUCCGACGAAGACUUCAUCCUGUCCUCGGACCCUGCGGCCCCGAAACUCCCCGUCUGGAAUGGAGAGUCCGAUCCGAUUAUGUUUACCUCGUCGGUGCCGGAACAGGUGGCUAGGUCGGAUUCCAGAACAGGUACAACGAUCACACAAGGGGUUGGUACUCGUGGUGGAAAUAAAAAUGAGAUUACGAUCGAUGAUGACCAUGAUGAUGAUCAUAAUGAUAGUAAUAAUGACGACGACCUUCUAAACGAGAUCACGAAAGAUGUCCGCCGGGGAAAGGAGGAGAUACAGGAGUUCAGCGACCAGAUUGACUUUCCGGAUAUCAAUGAGCUGCUUGAGGUGUCGAGGAGGGUCGAGACGGGGGCGAGCGCUUUUUCCAACCGCACGGCUAGCUUGCUCGCGAGUCUGGAGGACUCUGCAGGCGGGACAUCGACAUCGACAUCGAAAUCGAGAUCUAAAUCGACGGAUCGACGCAGACACGAAGUGAGCGACGACAUCGACGUCGAUAUCGAAGAUGUGAUGCCGCCGCCGCGAAAGCCGCCGCGCAAGACCACCAAGCCGAGCAAUGCCGAAAAGGAAGCCAAGGCCAAGGACCGGGAGGCCGCAAAGGCGCAGCGCGAACGGGAUAAGCAGCUCGAGAAGGAGCGGAAGCUGAAACUCAAGGAGGAGAAGGCGCGGGAGAAACAGAUCGCUGCGGAUAUUGCGGAGGUUAAUAAGCUGAAGGUCGAUAAGAAGGAAUCGACCCCGGAGAUGAUUGUUGAUCUGUCUUCUGAAUUCAAAAAUACUAGUGUUGGCACGCAGACAGCGGAGUUCAUGCGCCUGCUGAAGGUUGAUCUCGAGUACUUUGACAGUGCCGUUCCGAAUGUUGUCAAGUGGCGCCGUAAGGUACGUGCUCGGUAUAGUGACGCCCUUGGACACUGGGAGCCCUGUGCGCCGCAUAUCAGCGACGAGGAAGAACAUAUCCUCUGUCUCGUCCAGGCGCAAGAGUUCGUCAAUAUGGUUAUCGCUACAGCAGCAGCAUCAUCAUCAACUACAGCAACAACAACAACAUCCCCCACUCUCAACCAACAUAUCCACCAACUCAAAACCGCCCACCCCAACCGCACCCCCAUCUACCUAAUCGAAGGCCUCACAGCCUGGAUGCGCAAGAACAAAAACUCGCGAAAUCGAGCCUACCAAGCCGAAGUACGCCGACAAAUGGACGACUCCCAAUCCUCCUCCUCCACCAGCACCACCCGCCCCCGCUCCAAAAAAGCCGCAAACCCCGAAACCACGCCCCCAAUCGACGACGACACCAUCGAAGAUGCCCUCCUGGACCUGCAAAUCACCCACGCCUGCCUCAUCCAUCAUACGAAUGCGCCCGUCGAAUCCGCCGAAUGGAUCAAGAACUUCACCGAACACAUCUCCACGGUGCCGUACCGCCGGGAACGCAUGAACGGGAACGACUCCGCCUUCUGUAUGGAUACCGGGCAGGUGAAGCCCGGGGAGAACCCGUCCGAUACGUUUGUGAAGAUGUUGCAGGAGGUGAAUCGGAUUACGGCGUCCAUGGCGUAUGGCAUUGCGAGUCGGUAUCCGAGUGUGGUUGAUUUGGUGGCCGGGAUGAGGGGGGGUGGUGGGGCGGGGCUGUUGGAGGAUGUUAAGAAAUCCGCGAACAAAAACGGCGCCCUCACCGACUCGCGCAUCGGUCCUGCGGCUAGUCGUCGUCUGUAUAAAGUCUUUAUGGGCAUGGAUCCGUCGUCGACGGAUGUUUGAGUCUCCCCUUGUCUCUUCUCUCUUCUCUCUUCUCUUCUCUCUCCUUUCUCCUUUUCCCCACGGUUCCACCUGGCUAACUCUGCAUACACUGGCACUUGUUUCUCUCUCCAUGCAUCACUGGGCGGUGAUAUUGAUACACUAUUGGUAUUAUAUUGAUCUUGGCCUUGGUACAUUGUUAUAUAUCCAUCUUCUGGAGUCCUUCCUUAUCGGGUAUGUAUAUAUAUAAUAAGUUAUUUUCGCGCUGUGGUGUAUACACAACACAGCACAACACAACACAACACAUGGUU